GUUCUGUCGGUGCGCUGUCGGUGCUGAGGCGGCGGAGCGGCCCGGGCAGGCGGAAACAAGAACUCUAAAAUCAUGGCAGGGAAACCCAAGCUGCACUACACCAAGGGAAGGGGGAAGAUGGAGUCAAUCCGAUGGCUGUUAGCAGCAGCUGGGGUUGAGUUUGAGGAAGAAUUCAUAGAAACAAAAGAAGACUUAGAAAAAUUGCGCAGUGAUGGAGUCCUGCUGUUUCAGCAGGUGCCCAUGGUGGAGAUCGAUGGGAUGAGGAUGGUGCAGACCAGAGCCAUCCUCAGCUAUAUUGCAGCAAAGUACAACCUCUAUGGGAAGGACUUGAAGGAGAGAGCCUGGAUUGAUAUGUACGUGGAGGGAACUACAGACCUAAUGGGAAUGAUCAUGUAUCUCCCUUUUCAACCAGCUGAUACAAAAGAAAAAAAUCUUGCCUUAAUCAUUGAACGAGCUACAACCAGGUACUUUCCUGUUUAUGAAAAGGCCUUAAAAGAUCAUGGACAGGAUUAUCUUGUUGGCAACAAAUUAAGCUGGGCAGAUGUCCAUCUGCUGGAAGCCAUUUUAAUGGCAGAAGAAUGUAAGCCUGAUGUACUGUCUGCAUUCCCUCUGCUACAGGCUUUUAAAGGAAGAAUCAGCAACAUUCCAACCAUCAAAAAAUUCUUACAGCCUGGCAGCCAGAGGAAGCCACCAACAGAUGAGAAGUUUGUUGCUGUUGUGAGGAAAAUAUUCAAUAUCUAAUGCGACGAAGAUAACCCAGCUGUAGUAUAUUACCAGAACUUGCCUUGUAAGUGUAAAUUGCAUAGAUGUGCUUGCAUAUGGCCAGUGUUGAAACAAUACACUGUGAAUACAGUGUUUAAGUUAGAGUAAAAAGCUAAUUUGGACCUGUUGAGUCCAGAAAGAAUUUCAUGAAGCAGUUAUAUGAAAUAAAAUAUGCUAACA